AUUGGCCAAUGCGAUUGUCAAUCUAUUAAAAAGCGGCAGACGGGCAGAAGUAAUGGCUGAUUCAAAUGUCACAAUGGCUCCCCAACGCAGUCAGGACAAAACACCGAUCCAGCUCCUGCACGAAUAUGGCAUUAAAAUCAGCAGCGCGCCGAAAUACGAGCUCAUUCACGCGGACGGGGACGCGCAUCAGCCUUCCUUCAUGUUCAGCGUCACCAUAGGAGAGGUCACAUGCAAAGGCCGAGGAUCCACAAAAAAGGCCGCGAAGCAUGAAGCUGCAGAAGCCGCCUUGAAGUUGCUGAAGCGAGACAGUCAGAUAAUAGACCAGAGAGACAACAAUGGUCUAUCUCCUGAAGCCGGAGAAGCGUCCAAUCCUGUGGGAAUACUGCAGGAGCUGGCCAUGCAGAGAGUGUGGUGUCUGCCCGAGUAUGUUGUGUUUAUGGAGACUGGGCCGGGACACAUGAAGGAGUUCACCAUCGCCUGCCGUCUGGAGGGACUGGAGGAAACAGGAUCCGGCAGCUCCAAAAAGCUGGCCAGACGAGCAGCUGCUGAAAACAUGAUCGCCAAACUGCAGAGUUUGUCAGGAUCUUCUGAGAUCACGUGGAGUCCUCCUUCUCGUGUGUAUGUGGAAAGCUUGCGUAAUUCCACUGGUGAGAAGGUCUCGCUGCUGAAGAGGACGCCGCUCAGCCUCCCAAACACAGACUACAUUCAGAUGCUGCUGGAGAUCUCACUGGAGCUCGGCUUCCAGGUCACAUACAUCGACAUUGAUGAGCUGACAGUGAACGGUCAGUAUCAGUGUCUGGUGGAGCUCUCCACCCGGCCGGUGACGGUGUGUCAUGGCUCUGGAGUGACCAGCAGUAACGCCCACAACGCCGCAGCCCACAAUGCACUGCAGUACAUCAAGAUGGUGGCCAGCAAACACUAACAGCAGGUCUGGGGUCUGCAAACGCACGCUGGGAAUCUGCUCUUCCAGACGCUGAAGACUGAGCCACACACUGAAGACACACGGCUCUAUGCAGACAAUAAAUCCAGCUACUAUGGGUUAUAAACUCUUUAUUACUGGAUGGUGAACGUGGUAAAUUCACACUAUCAGACAGACGUGUGUGUGUGUGUGUGUGUGUGUGUGUGUGUGUGUGUGUGUACAGUAGUCAUUGUUUGAAGUGGAUCCUUUUCUUAAACUGUUCUAAUUCUAUUGAACACCAUUUUCUAAAUCCUCUUCAAAUGUGGAGCGCUGUGUAAAUAUGAGCAGCUUACAUGCAAAGUGUCGUCUGAAAUUUUCAUCCAGGAUUUGCAUUUUUCUGAGGCUGUUGUGUGUAGUUUCAAUAAUUUUACUCUCAGUGCAAAGAUUGGGUUAUGGUCAUUACUUUUAAAGUGAAAUAACUAAACAUAAACAUACGAGCUUAAGAAAAUGCAAACUUCAGAGGAAAUUUUCAGACGGCGCUUGGAGGUUUUGGCAUCUGAACUCUUCAUAUACACACCCGGUCAAGAGUUUGGGGUCAGUAUGAUGUUUAAAUGUUUUAAAAUCAGCUUUUCCUGAUCCCCAUAACUGCAUUUGUCAUCAAAUAUACAGUAAAAAUGUGAAAUGUUACUGUAAAAUAA